CUUCACAAAAAAGUGAAAGAUAUCUAACUAUAAAGCCGCCUCAAAUGUUUAAAAUCUUGAAAUUUGUGCGCAUAUACCUCAAAGUAUGUUAAUAUUUAAAGAUUUAUGGUUAAAUAUUAUACCAAAGGGAAAUUUUUGUUCGAGUUUUGAAAUACUUUUCUGAAAAGGUCACAACUCGUUGGGAGUUGAGGCAGGCAGUGAACAAUAACCUCCCCAAAAAAUUGAUUUUUUUCAGGCUGUACAUGUGCAGUGCGCGUUUGUGUUGGUAACUUCCGGGAGAUAAGUUUGUUUAUAAUCGGCUGUUCCAUAAGUUAUAAAAAGAUUGCAAUACUUUCAAUGGUUAUUUUCAGUUUUGUGCGAUAAGUCGCUGUUUUGACUACAAAUGUUAUAUUCCGUCAUUUUUGAGUCAUAAUUAUUUUCUGUCUGACCCCGUGCAAUCUUCAUUUUAUUAGCUAUACAAUACAAAAUCGGACUUUGUCCACUCGUUCGACGUGGCGUAUGAUUAAUCUGGGGGAACGCUCGUUAUAUUUGAUCCAUUCCUCCAGGCAUUCUACGUUUUAAGUUAGUUAACAAUAACAUUUUGUGCCGGACAGUUGCAAGUGCUCCAUGAUUAAGUUGGAUAAUAAAUAUAUUAAGCAUACUCACCUCACAGGACGAAACACAGAAGGGACUAGAACACAAAGUGCUGAUAUAAAGUUAAGACGUCCAGAUUAUCUCGGCGUACUUAUAGAAAUAAGCGAUACUGCGACAGUCGCAUUGGAAUUCUAUAAAGCAGCGUGUAUGCGUCGAAAAAGGGCAGUUCUAUAAAAUGAAUAAGGCAAUGUACUUCCAUCUCCUCAUUGUUUGGCUGGCUGUACUGUUAUCAGCAAAUGGUACUCCACUGGAGCCAAAUGCGGAAAAUGCUUGCGAAUUUAUCAGAAAUGUUGCCAAAUUUGAAGACGAGGAGAAUGAUUGGUGGGAAAAGAGUAAAAAUUUAGCCAAUUCUAUUCUGGAGACUCAAAUCAGAUAUAAACAAUCAUAUCGUUCCUGUACGCAACAGGUUGCUUCCCUCCAAAACCUGAAAAAUCGUGGAAAUGACUUAAGUGCAUCCAGUCCUUGGGCACAAAGAAUUGAAUAUCUCAACGCAUCCUCACAGGAAUAUCAAGGGGGUCCUUGUGCUGAUGGGGAACCGUAUAGUUACAUAUAUUCAAGAGACAUAAAAGACAUGAAAGCCGAUAUACGCGAAUUGAGUCAAAGUGUAAAAGACCAAAACGAAUAUCAUAAUUUCGUGGCACAAGUUGAUACGAAUGUGGAUACGAUUAGAAAUGUUUUAUCUGAGUUCUCUAUUCCCACGCUGAAGUACUUAACACGGUUUCCUUUAACAAAGUGUACUCUUCCCAAUUAA